GGGCCUUAACACUAUUACCGGGUUAGGCGGGACCCCGCGGGUAGGGUUUGUGGCUGAAAUCUGGGACCCUUCCAGCCCCUCUGCCCCGUCCCCACCCGCUGAGGAGAUGGAUGAGGAUGGGCUUCCUCUCAUGGGGUCAGGCAUAGACCUGACGAAGGUGCCAGCUAUUCAACAGAAAAGAACUGUGGCAUUUCUAAACCAGUUUGUGGUGCACACGGUCCAGUUCCUCAACCGAUUCUCCACUGUUUGUGAGGAGAAAUUAGCAGACCUUUCUCUCCGUAUCCAGCAAAUUGAAACAACUCUCAACAUUUUAGAUGCAAAGUUGUCAUCUAUCCCAGGCCUAGAUGAUGUCACAUUUGAAGUAUCUCCCAUAACUGCCCCUAGUAUCACAAGUGAGCCACAUAAUAACACCACUUUGGAACAAUCACAGCAGAACAGUUUACAAGACUCUGGACCACAGGAAAGUGAAGUAGCAGCAGAAAAUAUCUUAACUGUAGCCAAGGAUCCAAGAUAUGCCAGAUAUCUCAAAAUGGUUCAAGUGGGUGUUCCAGUGAUGGCAAUAAGAAACAAAAUGAUAUCGGAAGGACUAGACCCAGAUCUUCUUGAGAAGCCGGAUGCACCAGUGCCUGAUGGUGAAAUUGAAAAAAAUGCAGAGGAAAGUUCAGACAGUGAAUCUUCAUUCAGUGACUAGAAUUUUGAUGAGACUCCCAUAUACAAGUGCUGGUGGACGUUUACAUUCUGAAAGAAAGAGCACCUGAACCUCAACUCAUAAGUCACAAGACAUCAAAUGACCACUUCUCCAACUCCAGCUUUCUUCCAUGCAAACGAGAAAAUAAAACAUUUAUAACCACA